AUGUCUCUUUCAAAGAUCCCCGCCCUUGCGAUCACAGCAGUAGGCAUCCAUACAAUUUUCACGCCGCCUCAGCCCAAGGCAAGGGAGAGUGACUCUCCAAAGGAGCUGGGCGCGUUCGAGCAGGUAUUUUCUCAAGUUGUCCGGCUGUACAGCGGAACAUCCAAGGUCUUGCUGUGCUCUGGAAGCAUCAUAGAAGCCGUCGCGAUACUUGCGAGUCAAUAUCCUACCCAUUCUGUCUCACAGGCUGUUCUUGGACUCCUCGUACCUGGUUCAGCCUCGAUUGCGAGCGGGAUAGGCUUCUCUACGCUGUUCGUGAUCGGCUGCAGCACGGUAGCGUUGGGCAGCUAUAUCCGUUACCGCUGCUACCGCACACUCGACCGCUUCUUCACAUACGAGGUCAACAUCACGAAGAACCAGCAGCUCAUCACCCACGGGCCAUAUGCCUAUGUCCGUCACCCCUCGUACUCCAGCGGCUUUGUCGUCCUCAUCGGCGCGGGUUUGUGUCAUGGCAGCGCCGGGUCCUGGCUCAGGGAGUGCCAGAUCGUCGAUUCGAUAUGGGGAAAGGCCGCUGUUGCUGCAUACGCAGCUGUAGCGAUGCUGCUUGCGGCGGUGCUUGCGACACCUGCGCUUGUGAUCACUAUGAACAAUAUCAGUAUGCCCAAGGCGGCGAACGCACGCUCGUUCACACCUGAGGUAAUCUCGCAGCGAGGGUAUACGAGCAAGCAGACACAAACUUUAGGGUCUAAAUUCCUCUCUAAAUGUGCAAAGAUGGUUAUGGAUGCCAUUUCGAGGUCCCCAUUGAGACGCCCAUGGGCCACCAGCGCCCACAGCUGGCGUCACGACGCGUCCUAUUGGUUGAUCAAUCAUCGAUCACUGUGCGAUAGCGACUUCAAAGUUCAAACAUUCAUGUUCGAUACCCAGGCCAUUCCUGUCAUACUGAAUGAAGACGGAUCUUCAGACUUUCAAUGUUCUCGUUUCUAUGUACUGGGCCUACAUAGAGACCCUAGACUUACCCUGACGUCAACACAUACCCCACGCAGUAAUCUUUCCAGCGAACGUAUCAAACACUCCACACUCUUUCAACCACGAGGCAGGACUAGCCAAGCAGACACCCAUCCCGACGCAAGAUGCAAUGACGCUUGUGUAGCCCGGGUGGCGCACGUAUGCGUACGGUCCGGUCGCGUCCAAGUUCGCGAUAGCAUUUGUAACGGAUGGAAACCGCCGAGUGUCGCAAUGCUACAGCCGACCAGGAAUAUCGGCGAGAAUCCAAUCCUGCCAGUGUUGUCGAGCGGAUGGGGCACCAAGGCAUCCAGGAUCUUUUGCGAGAGCGGUCUUGGGACGUGCGGUGGGUGGCACUUUGGGUUGUGGUGGGGUUUGGGCAACGUAGACCCCUACCGCGCUUGCAGCCAAGAAGGGGACCUUGAUUUGACUCCCUUCCAGGCCGAAUUGCUGGCUUACACACGAUUACAGCGAGAUGAGGAGCGAAGGCCGUUACGACAAGAGAUGACCGAGGGUUCGCACAUAACAGGCGAAGGCUCGAAUACUGGCAUUGGCUCGACGAAGAGGUACAGUAUGCCGGCUGUCAAUCCACGCGGUCACAUUGACUCCAUCGUUAUCACACUCGAGGUUAACUUCGAUGCAGGUUCCACGACAUCGAUAUUGUUGCUCAGUGAAGUCGAAGAAAGUGCGGACGUCGCAGACGCAAACGAGGCCCACCAGGAUGGACCGCCACCAAAUACUAUUCCCGCCUUGCCAAUCGAGCUUUGCGAGCGAAUCAUCGACUUCCUUUGGAGAAACACAGCCACUUUGAAAGCUUGCUCUCUCGUCUGCAAGAAUUGGCACCUAAGGAGUCGUUACCAUCUCGUCGUGUACACCGACCUCGACGGCCAGAAACAGGUGGCCCGCUUCGCGAAGUGGGUGCGCUCAAACCCUGUCUCCGCAUGCAUAGUCAGGCGUGUACGGCUCAGAGGUGACCCGGGGCAUACUCACACGCGAGUAUUGAUGCAGCACAUCGGACCGUUUGCCCCAAUGCUCGCUGGCAAGCUGACGCGCCUGGACGACUUCUGGAUCAUGGCAGCGGUUUGGAUGCCCGGGCUUAUGCAUUACAACACAUUUCUCUUUUUCUCCGCAUUCACCUCUGUGACACGACUCGGACUCAUUGAGGUGACCUUCCCUACGGUCCUCACUUUUGGGCGCCUCGUCUGCUCGCUGCCGAAUCUUGUCCACCUGCGAUGCCGCUCUCUCAAAUUCAUGACGCCAACUUUUGAUGCGGAGAAGUUUCACGUCCCGCACACGAAGCUCACGGUCCUCACCACCGACGGUGGAGGAUUGACUGCCAUCAUUGACUUCCUUACUACCACACGUGUCGCCUCCACCCUCCGCAACAUCUCGUUGGGUUCAGAUGAGACUGUCUGCGCUAGUGAGGCGGAGGCUAUAGCAAUUGUUCGAUUGCUAGAAUGUGCCGGCGUUGUGCUACAAACAGUAGCUUUGCGUCUCGAACCCGACCUCGACACCGUACCGGGAUCCUCUACGUCACCUCUUUGGCUGCUAAAAGGGGUCGCAAACAUCAAUCCACUUCACACCCUCCAACGCGCACUCCUCCAAAACGUCUCACUCAAAGAGAUCCUCCUAUCCGCACCUCUAGGAAGCCAGAAACCAAAUUGUGCCUGGUUACUUUCAAUUAUAUCUGGAAUCAGAUCCGUGGAUGUCGACAGCAUUUCUAUCUGGUUAGAUUUUCAGCCCGCCCACGAUGCCGAAGACAUUCAGGGUCCUUUGGAAUACUUCUUUGAUCCUAUCACAUGUGCUUCCCUUGAUGAGCAUUUGACCGCGGAGAAGUUCAAAGGGCUUCAUGACAUGAAUUUUCAACUUCGCCUUCGCCCAGCGCUUUCCGAUGGUAAAUUUGAAACGGGGCAUUUUGCGUUCUUCUGUCAGGGUAUUCGGUCGAUCUGA